AUGCAGACCAUCGAAAAAGCCCUCCAUCAACCGAUGCCUUUUACGACCGGUGGUCAAACCAUCUCGGACAGGCUAACAGCAGCCAAACAUUCAUUGGCUGGUAGCCAGCUUGGAAAAACCAUAUGCAAGGCAACGACUGAAGAACUGAUGGCUCCGAAAAAGAAGCAUCUUGACUAUUUAUUGCAUUGCACGAACGAACCAAAUGUCUCGAUUCCAUCAAUGGCAAAUUUGCUAAUAGAACGAACUCAGCAUCCGAACUGGACUGUCGUUUAUAAGGCCCUUAUUACUAUCCAUAAUAUCAUGUGCUAUGGAAAUGAGAGGUUUUCGCAGUAUCUAGCUUCAUGUAACACCACUUUUAAUCUCGGGAAUUUCCUCGAUAAGAACAGCACUUCCGGUUAUGACAUGUCACAGCACGUGCGCCGGUACGGCAAAUAUAUCGGAGAAAAAAUUGCGACGUACCGUGUUUGUGCAUUUGAUUUCUGCAAAGUAAAACGUGGCCGGGAAGAUGGACUAUUGCGUACCAUGCAUACGGAUAAGCUUCUCAAAACUUUGCCUAUUCUUCAAAACCAAAUUGAUGCGCUUCUCGAGUUUCAGGUGUCUGCGAGCGAGCUAAACAAUGGCGUCAUUAACUGUUCCUUCAUUCUUCUAUUCCGGGAUCUCAUCCGUCUGUUUGCUUGCUACAAUGACGGAAUCAUAAACUUGUUGGAAAAAUAUUUCGACAUGAACAAGAAACAGUGUCGUGAUGCUCUUGACACAUAUAAAGGAUUCCUGACCCGCUUGGACAAGGUAUCAGAGUUUUUGCGUGUUGCUGAAUCCGUUGGAAUUGAUAGAGGAGAGAUUCCUGACUUGACCAGAGCUCCUGCUAGUUUAUUGGAAGCGCUGGAAGCACAUCUUAUUCAUCUAGAGGGUGGCCGCGCUCCUUCUGUCGGUUUUCAGGGCCAGUAUCCAUCUGCACAGUCACAGCUUGCGAAUUUUUCGAUGGCUGGUGGAUUUCAAGUUCAGCCUCAUGUCGGUGAUGUUGAACGCAUGAGAUAUAUUGAACUGGAGAAGGAGAGAUUGCGUCAGUUUGAAGAGCAAAAGCGCCAGCAAGGUGUUGGAAACUCAUCUUCAGUUGCAGCUUCCAACUUCAAUCCCUUUGCUGCAGAGGCUGCUUCUACUUCCGAAGGAUCUAAAAAAACAAAUGAUGAUUUACUCGAUUUGUUUAACCCACCCGCUCAGCAGCCUGCACAAUCCCAUAUCGACGCAACAAAUCCGUUCGCCCAAUUCGCUGCACCAAGUGGCUCUAACACAGUCGCAGCUGGGGUUUAUCCUCCUGUUGGUGGAGUUGGGGUGCAACAAUCUGCAAUUCUUGAAACGGUCGGGCAUGCAAAUGGAUUCCAGACUGAUUUCGUGCGUGCUUUUGCCAAUAGGAAAACCAACGACACCAAUGGAGGCACCUUCGAUCCAUUCACUACUCAACCAGGGCAAACAAAAAUUGGUGGAGACAUUGACUCUGCACUUUCUAACCUUGCCGAUAAUCUUUCUAUCAGUGGAAGUGCACAGGGACGCCCUGUGCAGUGGGGUGGUCCGCAACAACAGAGCCAGCCUCAGGUGUCGGUGCCGACGUCCAUGCCGGUACCUACUGUAGCUGCGCCACAAAUCCCUUCAUACGGCGGUCCUCCCCAGUACAGUAGCCCAUAUGGACAGUACGCUCCCCAAACUUAUGGGAGCCACAUACCCCAAUGGCAGAUGCAGCAUCCUCAGGUUUUCCCAGCGCCGCAGCAUUCUCAAAAUACUGCACCUGGUUACAUUUAUGGAGGAGCGGCAAUGGGAUAUGGCCAAAUGCCAACUCAGUCACACCCUCAACAAGGACAAGAUUCCUUCGGAGGAUUUUAA